UGCGGUCUGUAAGUCUGAGUCGGCGGCGUCCUCGCGCCGAGCGCUGUAAAGCGGCAUUGGAACGUUCGCGGCGCCUCAGUGCUCUUCCGCCGGCGCAGGAGGCUGGAGCAUCUUCUGCAGCACAUAGCAUAGGACCACGGUUCGGAAGCCACGCCUUGCAACGACAGGAAUGCUUGCGAACUUCUCGGAAGGAAGCCAAGUUAGGGAUCUAAUUCAAGAAGAGGACGGACGGACGGUCGGACAGUCAGAGCGGCCUGGGAGAAGAGCCAACCCAACCCACAUUAAAUUAAGACAGCCCCUCCAAAGCAUUCUCGGGAGGGUGUUUUCGACCGGAUGCAUAGCUAGUCCUUGCCACGCUGACAAGAACCGAAAUCUUUGCAGCUGUUACUCUGCUGGUUGGUUUGCAGGAAAAUCAACUUUCCCUGGUGCUUUUGCAGGAAAACCAACUUUCCCCGGAGCUUUGCGUUAAAAGCAACUUUCGCCGUGUUCCCGGCCUUGCGGAAAAAAAUUGCUGGGAGGGUCUCGGGACCAUGCCACACAACAUACCAUCCAUGAGCUCAGAUUUCCAGCAUUAUAGUUUCAGGAUGCCAAACAUUGGAUUCCAAAACCUGCCUCUCAACAUAUACAUCGUGGUCUUUGGCACGGCGAUUUUUGUCUUUAUCCUGAGUUUACUUUUCUGCUGCUAUUUGAUAAGAUUAAGACAUCAGGCUCAUAAAGAACUUUACGCCUACAAACAGGUUAUCCUAAAGGAAAAAGUCAAAGAACUCAAUUUGCACGAGAUCUGCGCAGUUUGUUUAGAAGAAUUCCGACCCAAGGAUGAACUGGGAAUUUGUCCGUGCAAACAUGCGUUCCACAGAAAAUGCCUCAUUAAAUGGUUGGAAGUCCGGAAAGUUUGUCCUCUCUGUAACAUGGCCGUCCUGCAGUUGGCCCAGCUCCACAGCAAGCCGGAUCACCCCGGACCGCCCCAGGAACCCCUGCCUGGCACAGCCAACAUCGUAUAGCUCCCCGCCGGCUGCCCCUUUGUCCUUCCUAACAGACUCCAAUUCCCACAGUGACUCGCCAAUCUCUGGCCCUGCUGCUCACGGCCUCCAAGCAUUUUUCCGGAUCCCCUUUAUCUCAUGAAAAACAUCCGGGAUGCACCGAAGGGGAAACCGAUGCUCCAACUAGGGAAAAGAAAAAACCCCGACGGGACAGGAGUCGUAAGGACGCAGGAACGCCGGCGAGUCUCCAGUUUUGUUCGUCUCUUCAAUUUUAUUUUAUUUUUUUCUUUUUAUACGUGCACUUUACCGAGAGAGGCGUGCGGAGAAGGUCAGCUGCCGGUCUUGGAUUCAGAUCAGGCGGCCAGUGAGAGAAAGAGAGAGCGAAAGGAAGACUCCAAAGAUAAGAGACGCCGUGGGGAGCAAGCGUCCAUCUCCAGAGAGAGAGAGAGAGGCCGCAACGUGAGAAAAUUGCGUUUCGAUUCCAGCAUUUGGGAUGAUCUUUUCGCAAAUUGCUCGGGGACCCUGGAGCCAAAAUCCCAGCAAAGAAAAUCUUUGUUGGAAGAGAAGAGCCGGGAUAAGGUCGUUGCGAUUCCUGUGACUUCUGGAUCGGUAAAAAGAGUUAGUUGCCUCCAGAGGGAAAAACAGCUUUGUGAAAAACGAGAAUGGGGUUCUGCUGGAAUUGUGACUUUUGGGGAAGGGGAGCCAUUGACGAUCUACCGAGCCUCAGGAAUCCCCAUUGAAAAGGGAAGGAGGGAAGAAAGAGGGUUCUCGCCAACGUCUAUCUACUUUAAGAAGACAUUGCGGAACUGAUGAGGAGGUCCCUUUCAGCCCAAAUAAAUUCCUUGGACUUUGGGACAGGCCGUGCGACCUCCGUCUCUUGUUUCCCCUAAUGUGAAUUCUUUUUCGAAUGGUUUGCCGGCACAGAAAGGCAUCUGCAGAAUUCGUGUGGAUUUGAUUUUCUUCUUUUUUUUUCCCCAAUGUAAAGUGAGAUACAUUUCGGGGGCCCGGAUGGAGUGUUUUAAAGGGGUUUUGCGAGAGUUAUGGGCAGAUUUGGGUGGUAUGGUUCCUCCGAGUAGAGAGCAGCGGUCGUAAAAAAAAAAAAAAAGUCUUCCUGGCCCAGGCUUAGGUUGUACACGCUGGUCGACCAAGAUAGAAAAUAAAUAUAUGAGGGAAAGGUGAAGAAUUGUGAAAACACCCACCCCUUUCUUGCGUGAAAUCUCGUGAUAUUGCCGAGAAUCACGUUUCCCUCUUGUGCGAAAUCAGCCAGAACUUGUCAGAUUUUAGCAAAUGUUUUAUUACAAUUAUGGGGAAGCAGCUGGAAUGGCUUCUACCCAUUGCACUUACAUCAUCAUCAUCUUCUUCUUUUAAUGACCCCAUAAUUCAGUUUGGGCAACUGAAUGGAGCUGAAUGUUUACUGGCCGGAUGCCCUUCCUGUUGCCAAUGUGGAGUUAUAUUCAGCAGAUACAUUCUCAUUGUGCUGAGAGAGAGAAAUAUCUGCCUCUACCAAGGAUCGAACUCACAGCCUCCUGAUUGUGAGGCCAGAGCUCCACCUCUAGGCCACCGCACCACUCCCCCAUGGCAUUUAUCUCAAAUCCUUAAACUGGUGACUACCUGGGUGUGGGACUACAGCUCCCAAAAUUCCCAGCCAUUCCAAACUGAGAAUUCUGGGAAUGGCAGCCCACAAACAUCUGGAGAGCAGCUGAGAACGGCAACCUACCGAAACGAGAAACGCUUUUUCCGCAUCCUUUAUUUUCCGCUCACCGAAAUCUGGACUUCCAUCCGAUUUAUGCACUUUUUUAAAAUUAGGUUUAUAUUUUUUUUCAUUAGAAUCCAUUAGAUCGUUGGAGAGGAUUGACCUUAGUGAAUUGGACUUCUUGAAAAUACCUGCUUGCGUUAGAAUGAGCAAGUUUCUAGACCUCAUUGUCCCGAGAAAACGUUGGGUGCAUUUCAUAUAAGCGAGGCAGGAAGCGACCUCUUAAAUUGGAUUCCCUCUUUUUUUUUUUGUGGGGCGGUGUUAUUGUUUAAUUGUUUCGAAUUGUUCAGAGGAUGCAAGGAGGGGUUCCUUAUCCAGUGUUACAACCAUCAGUGUAAGUUUUUUUUCUAAUUUUGGGAUAGACCAGAGUGGUAUUCUCUUACCUUCGCUACCGGUUCGCAAUUGAGAGCGUGCGCUCAGAGCAUCAGAAAUGGGAUGUGAUGAUGACGUCUGGGCGGGUAGGCAGAACCUCCUGCAGCCACCGCUACCAAUUUGCCCGAACCGGAUAAAGCCAGCUGAAUACCACCACUGGGAUAGACCAUGGGCAUCCAAUCUUGGCAACUUUUUAAGACCUGUGGACUUCAACUCCAGAAUUCCCCAGCCAGCCAUGCCAAAGUUGGAGACCCUGACGUUACGACUGUUCCUUCGGGCCCGCCGAUAAUAAGAUAAUGUCCUGAUUUCUGGCACAAAUUUCGUGGAGGCGGCGGCGAGAACGGCCUAGGCACACAAUUUUCCUUAACCGCCUUUGAAGAUCCAAGUCCAGGGGUACCCCUUCGUUCCCUCCCCCUGCCCCAAACCAUCAUUUUGUAAAUUGUGUUGACUCUUGAGAGAGUUUAUGAACCUUAGGGAUCCAACCUCGAUUCAUAGACACAUUUGUACACUAAUAUAUAUAUAUAUAUAUAUAUAUAUAUAUAUAAUUCUGCAGCAGAAUUUUUUUUUUUUUUUUAAGAAAAGGACAAAGAAAACAAGUCGCUGGGGUUUUAUUUUGUAAGCUCUAUUUUUGUAUAUUUAAUUGCUAUUUUAAAAUUCUAAUGCAUCUUUUUUGCUAAUCACAACACUCUUCUUAAAAAAAAAAAAAGGGGCAGGGGUGGGGCGUUCGCAUGUGAUUUGACUUGAAAUGUAAAUAAAAGCAAAUUUUGGACAUCA